AUGGAUGAUUCUAGCUAUUGUGAUAUAGGUUGUGAUUGUGAUGGAGCCAGUGUAGCGAUGAUCCCAAACCAGAAGACUCUCAAUAUUCACUUGCCUUCCACCUCCGAUGUUGGUGCUAGCUCUGUGGUUUCUAUGAAGGAGGAUUGUGAAUCGCCUAUGUCAUCAUGGGCUUCCGAUCCCGAAACUGAUAUCUCAUCUGUGACCAGUUGUCAUGUAAUGCCUGAGGAGUCCCUUCAGGAUGUUGACCUUGAAGGAAACUAUGAAAACCAGUUCGUCAGGGUGGAAAACAAUGAUGAUGGUUUUUCGUGGGAGAUGGACAAUAGAAGUUAUGACGAGUUGCUCAAAAAGUUCAUUGAAAAGGAGGAAGUUCUAAGAGUUUCCAAUUUAAAGCUUCAACAUUCCGAACAAGAGAUUAUGAGGUUGGCUAUUCAAGUUGAGAAUCGUGAGAUUCAGAUUGAUGAUGCGUGUGAAAAAUUGGAGCUGAAAGAGGAUGAGUUGUGUGAACAAAAGAAGCUUUUGGGAAAACAGAUUUCCAAGUUGAAGAUUCAAAAUUUAAACAGUGUGGAUCAAUUUGCUGAUGCGCACGGAGAAUUGAAUUUGAAAAAACGCGAGCUUGUUAAUCUUGAUAAUGUGCGCACAGAAUUAGAGUUGAAAGAAGAGGAGUUGAAUGAGCAAAAGGAGCUUUCAGAAGAAGAGAUUUUCAAAUUGAAGAAGCAAGUUAAAGAAAGUGAGAAUCGGCUUGAUAAUGUGUGGGAUGAAUUGAAUCUGAAAACGGAGGAGUUGCAAAAACAAACGGUUGAAUUGGAUACUUAUAUUCCAGAAUCUGUCUACAAGAUUACAAAUUUGAUGGAACAACUUGAAGCGGCUCAUAAGAAACUCGAGAUUUCAACCGACGAAAUUGCAACUUUACGGAAGGAACUUGGUAAUAAGUCAUCUAUGACUCAGAAGUUGAAAUGUGAGAUUAAAGAGGAAAAGAAAAAGAUACAUUCGACUCUGUUUGAUUUGCAGGCCACGUAUUUUUGCGAGAAAGAAAAGAUGAAUUCUGAUAUUGCAAGUUUGUCAAAACAGAAAAAACAAUUGACCUCUAAACUAGAGGAUUGUGAGUCUAGAAACAAGGAAUUAGAACAAAAAGUUAUGCGAAAUGAAGCUGAAAAUUCGAAACAUGCAAAAUCACGUGGCAAACAAAAAGUAGCGACGUGA